AUGGGCAAUGCGGCUCUGGCCGCUCAUAUUGCCGACCUCGACUUAGGUCACAGCUUCAAGGCCAUGGCACACCGUGAUCUUGCUUUAAAAGUCCUCGAGGACAAGUUCAAUCAGAUCAUGCCUUGUGUGUUCGCCGAUCACAUUAACGCCCAAUUCGACGCCGACGGCUUGGACCCAAUGAGAAUGUUCCAGGAAACACACCUUUUCGCGGAGGCAUACAAGGAUCUUGUUAUUGACCCGAAGUUCAACCCAUUUGGAUCUCGUAGCGACCUUCACUUCGACAUGACCUUUCUUUUUCCCAGAUGGGGCUACGGCUCUGCGCCAACUGUGAAAGGUCUCAGUGCAUCACAGAGUGCUCUUCUGAUCGCUUCAUAUCUCCCUAGUGCUACAUAUUCUCCGACUGGAAAAGCCAACGCAACCAUCCAGGACUAUGCUAUUGCUAUGCUAAAUGCUAGUUUGGUACCACCCGGAACGGUAACAGCACCAAAAAUGCCGCAAGAAGACAUAGAGGUGAUGAUCACGACCAAGACUAUCUUUGACGGCGCGGAUGUGUCAUACUAUUACGCUAUAAGCCACACUCUUUGGAACCAGUGGAUGAUUACUAUCAAUGAUAACAGCACGAGCAACUUCUGGGUAAUCGACCUCGUCAGCUGGUACCAUGCAAAUGAGAAGGCGGCAUUCCUCAAAAGCAACGUCUCGUUCAAUAACGUAUCAGUCACUCACGUGGAUGGCCUAAGCGGGAGCUGUUUCGUCUCGGGAACCUUGGUUGAGACCUCAAACGGUCCCGUGGCAAUAGAAACACUGCGAGAAAACGACGUUAUUCUCACACGUACUGGGGCGCAGAAUCAAUGGGGCCUCUAUGGUGACGAGAUUGUCGAGAGUGCAGCCCCUAAGACUCUUUAUGGCUUUGAUGGAGGGAGGGCUUUCUUCACCGCUAGGCACCCAUUCCAUACAACCACGGGGAUCCCUAGAUCGAAGGGAUCCGGGGCGACGGAGACGAAGCCAUCGCCGCGGCUUGCGGCUGCGCAAAGCGCAGAUUGA